UUUACGCAAAACGCAUAGACCGGACAGUCAGGCAGUGCUGUUUGCUUUGAACUAUUUAGCCUACAUUUCCCAUCAAGCCGAUAGGGAGGGCCCAUUUCUUUUCCUUUUUUUCGCCUUUCAGAUUACAUCUGGAUCAGCUGGAAGAGGGCGCGACUGCGCAGCAGCAGCCACUGUUACUCUCAAGGCGAAAGUACGCUCUUUUUUGAAUCCUUAUUCAUUCCAAAAGCGUUUGUAAAUAUUUUAGAGUUUGUGAUCAAAAUUGCAGAAAAAAAAAAACUUGCUCGGCACGGUUAGAAAUUGCUCGUUAUUCCAAAUAUUUUUUUGAAAAAGACCCCAUUAGAACGCGUUUCCCCUCUUUCUCUUGGGGGACACUUGUGGCUGACACGGUUGGAGUUGAGCAUCAGACUAAAGCUCGAACAGCGCACCAACGCCUCUCUGGACUUCACACAGUUCGGUGUCUUUCCACACGACCCAUGAGCCGCUGAAAAAAAGCCCAAGACGACGAUAUCGGGAAAAGUAGUUUGGAAGUCACAAUGGGCUGUACCAUCAGCGCCGAAGACAAAGCUGCGAUGGAGAGGAGCAAGAUGAUCGAUAAAAACCUGCGAGAUGACAGGGAGAAGUUGUUGAGAGAAGUGAAGUUUCUUUUGCUCGGUGCUGGUGAAUCAGGGAAAAGCACACUAGUCAAGCAGAUGAAGAUCAUUCACGAAGAUGGCUACUCAGAGGAGGAAUGCAGUCAGUACAAAGUUGUGGUGUACAGCAACACGAUCCAGUCCAUCAUGGCCAUCAUCCGGGCAAUGGGGCGCUUAAAGAUAGACUUUGGCGAUGAGUCCCGGGCGGACGAUGCCCGACAGCUGUUUGCGCUCGCCAGCUCAGCGGAGGAGGGAGUCAUGUCGGCGGAGCUCAGCGCCGUGAUCCGGCGGCUGUGGGGCGACAGCGGCGUUCGCGCCUGCUUCGACCGAUCGCGAGAGUAUCAGCUUAACGACUCCGCUGCAUACUACCUGAACGAUUUUGAUAGGCUCUGUCAGCCUAACUACAUCCCAACCCAGCAGGAUGUGCUGCGGACGCGCGUUAAGACCACAGGGAUCGUGGAAACUCACUUCACCUUUAAAGAUUUCUACUUUAAGAUGUUUGAUGUGGGAGGUCAGCGCUCGGAGAGGAAGAAGUGGAUUCAUUGCUUUGAGGAAGUCACAGCCAUCAUUUUUUGUGUUGCUCUCAAUGACUACGAUCUGGUCUUGGCUGAGGAUGAGGAGAUGAACCGCAUGCACGAAAGCAUGAAGCUGUUUGACUCUAUCUGCAACAACAAAUGGUUCACAGACACCUCCAUCAUCCUCUUCCUCAACAAGAAGGACCUGUUUGAACAGAAGAUCAGCAAGAGUCCACUCGCAAUCUGCUACCCGGAGUACACAGGUGAAAACUCAUACGAGGAGGCGGCAAUGUACAUCCAGAGCCAGUUUGAAGACUUAAAUAAACAAAAGGGCAGCAAGGAGAUCUACACCCACUUCACUUGUGCCACGGAUACCAAGAACGUGCAGUUUGUGUUUGAUGUAGUUACUGAUGUCAUCAUCAAAAUCAACCUGGCGGAUAUCGGGCUCUACUGAAGCUAUAAAGGCGUCACAAGGGGGACUCUGGUCAACUUGGCUGCUAUGCGUUAUCUUCAAGAGGUGCAGUGCAGGUUUUUACAAACGGACUAAGCAACUGUUGCAUCCACCUUUGUGAGGACUUGCAUCUUGAUACCUUUCAGUCUCGGCUGAGUCUUUGCUGGAAUAAAGAGAUUGGUAAGAGCGGCCAGCGACGCAAUCCCUGUGAAUUCUUGUGGGUCUUUGCAUCCAGCGCAGGUAAUGCCAGCGUUGCAUACCUUACAGCUGAUGUGUUAAUUAUUUGGAUCAUAGAGCUGCUAUUUGGAAACUGGCUCACAGUUUUGCUUUGGAAUAUAUGAAUGCCAUAAGUUAUGUAGAGGACAUCUUUUUUCGCAUAGGUUCUGGGUUUACUUAGCAUUCAGUCUAACAUAUCCCACAGCGGCACAAUCUUUUUACUAUACUGAAUUACAUCACUGCACUUGCGUGCAUAAAGGGAGAUUAUGCAAUUUCUUGGCUAAUGAUUUUCACUUAGGAUGUUCGGCACUGAAGCCAUUUUCCCCAAAAUGAUGUAAAAAGUGCAUUUUUGUUUCAUAGCUACCACCUCAAACUAAGGCAGCCUUUAUUAUUUCCCCCAUGUCCUGUUCAAAGAAGUCCUAUCAGUUAUUUUUCCCAUUUAGAAUUUGCAUGUCUUUGCUCUGCAUUUAUAUUGGCUCAUUUUAACAGCAUUAAUCGAGAGGGGAAAAAAAGCUGCCCUCCCUUUGUUUUGUUUUAAAUGAAAACCUCCCACCAAACGGUCGAUGUCUACCUUGAAGACUUAGAACGGCUACUUUCAAACAAAGCACUGAAUGUUGCAAUGUAAAUGGGAAACGGUAUUUAUAGGGACACGUUUGAAGCAUAUUGACCCAAUGCCCGUGAAGUCCAAACGGCGUAAACGUCAACAACUGUAAAAACAGCAGCGAAUGGAAACUAAUACAUGUAAAUAGUGCUAAGGCAACACAUAUGCACGUGAAUAAACAAUCAGGAAUGUGCUGACUGCGACAAAUAUCUUUAACUACUGUGUUGGGAACAAAUGAUACUUAAGAAAUCUUAUCCAUCCCAGACGUUAGCCUAUUUAUAGUGCAUCUGACCGCAUUUACACCUUUGUUGCAAAUGUGCUUCGCUCAGUGGAUAUAAACGCUCCGCUUUCACCUUUUUUAAAUGACAGGGGCGGGUUGUUUCACUUUGCUUCCACUGAACAAAGAUAAUACAUGAAUGUUGAAUUGAAUAAAUAUGUUUCCUUUGAACAUAUUGCGUCUGAUGGCGUCUGUAGUCCACCGUGUUUUGUGGCUAUACGGUGGAAGGCUGAAUGUUGGCUAUAUAGUAUAAAGAUCUCAUUGUUUACAUACGUAUGUACGUACGUACAUGUACAGCCCAAAUCGCUCCAAGACUGUCAAUAAUGCUAAUUCCAGUGCAAUGUAGCCAAUGAAUGCUGACAGUAAAAACAAAAAACACAGUUCACAGAGAUGCGUGAUGCAGCUUUAAUUCAUGCCUCUACAUUUUAUAAGAAAGGACAAACUGUAAAUGUUCAUUCCCUUUUUAGUAAUAAAGCAACACCCUUCUA